GUGAUCGCAACUGAUGAAGAUUCACCGCCGAACGGUGACAUAGUUUAUUCGUUGUACUACUCGCAGUCCGAAUCGCGGAAACCGUUUGUGAUCAAUCCAGAAACCGGAGAAUUGAAACCGUCACCGUUUGUUCGAUUCGAUCGUGAACAGAGAUCCUACGAAGAAGUGACCGUUAAGCCAGUUUUAUGUAGUGAAUAUGACGAUGAUGAAGAUGUGGCUGUCAAUCGGGAUAUGUGUAUAAAAUUUCGACAAGGAGCCGCCAUAUCAAAGGAUUUUAGCAAGAUUCAUUGA